AUGACCUUGUAUUAUGAGCUCUCUUCAUGGGUAUACUUUGCCUAUCCUCGCAUUACUCCCAUGGAUUCGUCUUUUGUGGUGGUUACUAAUGCCGCGAUAGAGCUGUCAUCCGAAAUCCGACGCAGAACUGCGUGGGACCACUGUGUUGAAUAUCAAGUCCAACCCGAACGGGCCAACAGAAAACCGAGUGGAGACGAAACUUACAAAGUCAUUCCCCAAUUGGAUUCUCCAUGCCAACUCUUUGGAGGGAUACACGGCACAUCAAUCCGAUGUACCGCUCCCUGCGAAUGCCCCACACGUUGCACCAAUGGCGAAUGCGUCUCGGUUUACAGCAGCCACAAUGGAAACUUGGGCAACACUAAAACGAAUAUGACAAUCUUUAUGUCAAUGGCAACAAUCACAACGUUAACACCAAAGUCAACAACAAUAGUCACUGGGAACGUUAUCAAACGUCCAUACGAUCGAACUAUACCCAACACUGGUUGUGAUUUGGACAAGAACUGCGAUGGAUAUGUCAGUUACGAGGAGACUGCGGGGACUUGUCUGCCGGAAUCAUUGGCAUGGAUGGUGUUGCCGCCUUCUUUGCUUGGUAAUGUUGUUUUGGCAACAAAGAUGGUGCACAACACCGUGCACUUUCUUAAAGAUUGCGUGAGGCUUUUGCAGUCCUUGCACCUUGUUCCCCUCCAUAUUGCUAGUCAAUCGGCUUUUGUACGCGCCAAUACGAAAUCACCACGUCUCCAGCCCAAUGGGGGUCUAGAGUAG